AUGAAGGGACAUCUGAGGUCCAUGUGCGGCAUUAACUUCCAAAACCAGAAAUCAACAUUUCUAUUGUUUCAUAAUCAAACAUUAUUUUUUGUACAUUAUCUUCAGGGUCCACACAUCGCUUCAGUGACAUUGGCUGCUUAUGAAUGUAACUCUGUGAAUUUCCCGGAACCUCCAUACCCAGAUAAAAUAAUCUGUCCAGAUGAGAAGUUGGAAGAGACAAUCUCACUAUGGGCCAUUAUUUCCAAAGUCAGGCUGGAGGCCUGCAUGUGGGGAGCUGGCACUGCAAUAGGAGAACUACCUCCCUACUUCAUGGCCCGAGCAGCUCGCCUGUCAGGCACAGAAACAGAUGAGGAGCUUGAGGAAAUACUGGAACGUGAUCAGAACGCAGAGGAUCUUCCCAAUCGAGCAAAGCUGGCUGUUCAGCACCUGGUGCAAAAAGUUGGAUUCUUCGGAAUUUUGGCCUGUGCUUCGAUUCCCAAUCCCCUCUUUGACCUGGCUGGAAUAACGUGUGGACACUUCCUUGUGCCGUUCUGGACCUUCUUUGGAGCAACUCUUAUCGGAAAAGCUAUCGUAAAAAUGCAUAUCCAGAAACUAUUUGUUAUUAUAAUGUUCAGCAGGCACAUAGUGGAACAGAUGGUGUCCUUGAUAGGGGCAAUUCCAAGCCUAGGCCCUUCACUUCAGAAACCCUUCAGAGAAUACUUGGAGGCCCAGAAAGCCAAGCUUCACCAUAAGACUGGCGAUGCAGUAGAAGCGAGUGAAAAUUGGCUGUCCUGGACCUUUGAAAAAGUAGUCAUCGUCAUGGUGUGCUACUUCAUUCUUUCCAUCGUUAACUCCAUGGCUCAGAGCUACGCUAAACGGAUCCAGUCACAGAAAUACACUGAAGAGAAAAUGAAAUGAAAAAUUAACCUUUUUAUUUUAAAAAAAGUGACUGAACAAGGCCCAGGGUAGAUAAUAAUUCAUAAAAACCAUCUGUUGCUUCUUUGUUCCUCAAACUGGAAUUAAUUUUAAGGAAGCAAAAUGGAUCGGGGUUGGGGGGGAACUAUUAUAAAUCUCUACAUUUACAGGCUCUGAAAAAAACAUUUCCUUGAUUAGCACAGGUACUAGAGUUUGGAGUCCACAUUCAUGGAUUCUUACCUAUUUGUUGUUGUCUCCAGUUUUUUUUUUUAAAAAAAGUUUGAAAGUAUCUUCAUUUCAGUUGACGUCACAGGAAAUUGCAGGAUGUAUGUAAAUAUUAAGUAUCGAACCCCAUUGAAAUAUCAUUCACUUGCUCCAAAUUAACUUGGGCACAGUGCUGAAUAGGCCCUCAGUAUGAUCUGUGGAAGUAAAAUUGCAUUAGCUCCUUGAACUCUGUCAAUUAGAGGAGCAAAUUUGUUCAGUGCCUAUUUUUGAAUUGGAAUCUUCUGACAAGCAAAGCAAACAAUAUUGUCAGCUCAAAAACAUAAUGGUGGCAAUGUUUUAAUGACCUUUAAUCUAACAAGGACUUCUUGAUAAUAAGUUAAAUUCUUUUCAGAGAUUACUAAAUUUAGAAUAGCUAAAUCGUGACAUUUUAAUAUUUUUCUUCCUUUUAUUGCAUCUUACUUCCAUUACCCCUCUUUCUACUGCACCUCACUAAAUAGAUACAUCUUUGCUGUGGAGAUUUCAUAGUGCAGGUUCUUCAGCAACUGUACAAACUAUGAUUUGUUGCCACAAGCUUUAUACAUUGAGGGUCCCAUCAGUAUUCCAAUUUCCAAUGUUUAAGUGAGGUGCUAAAGACCCGGCCAUCGUUUUAAGGCUUAUCAAAUUGGCCGAGAAGAGAAAGCAUUAGUAUUGAUGGCUAUUAUUUUGUUCCCCUCACACAUGUUGAUGGAGGAUAGAUUUGGAGAGACCGACAGUAUAUGUAGACUAUGUCAAAAAGGUAAAUAGAUUUUUGAUUUCUAGUAUUUAUUACCUCAACCUCUGUAUUAUCUUGUCUAUCUCUUAAUGGGGUUGUAUAUUGUCUUGUGCCCUAUAUAGCACAAAACAUUUAAACUGAUAUUGCUCAUCUCUGCUCAUAUUUUCCAUAAUGAUGGUGAAAGAAAAGCUAUUAGAAGCUAUCCAUCUUUAACCGUAUGUACAAAAAGCAACAUCAGUUUUUGUUCUGUAAAUUUUAACAUGAUAAAUUUAAUCUGACUUUAUAAAACUACAUUCAGUCAUUCUACAGACUGAACCUUAGUCUACGUCUGUCAGUUUUUGUGGGGAAUGUCAUAAUUGUGUAUAUAUAUAUCCAAAAUUUCAUCUGCCCAUUAUGUAUAAACUCAAAUGAUGCUGAUCCUACAUAGUAAUUUGUAUACUACCAUUCGUAAAGUAAUAUGUUUUGUGUUUACAUAGGUACAAUUAUCAGAAAUGAAUUAAGGAAACAAAUUUGUCUUUGUUUUAGGCUGUAGAGUAUUUCUUAAAUUAUUCACAUGCAAAACACAUUGCAUGAAAGAGACAAUUCAGAAGCUUCCUCCAGGAGCUGUUUGAACUAAAACUCAGAAUCUAUGUUAAUUACUGCAUUUUCUAACGAGAAUAAAAUUGGAACUGAAGUAUUAUCUCUCUAGGAUUUCCAUCAAAUUUUGUGAACUUAUAAUAUUAUGGUUUUGUGUUCCAAGAUACUGUUUUGUUCAGUGCACUAGGUGAUCCCAAAUUGGAAUUUUGGUUGCAACUGUUCUCCAAGUGGGCUUCAUCUGGUGCAACAGUGGGCCAGUAAUGUCAAGUCAAGGAAGUAGUACAUCUAAAACAAUUUCUAUUUCUAGUAACACAACAAUAUUUUACAGGUAGUUUGCCUCCAGAGGCAUUUUGACCAGUUCUAUGAGCAUGCUAUCUUAUUAAACAUUUUCAUUAAUGUUUGGAGAAUUGAUCUAUUAAGGGAAAUAAUGAGUGUCUUUGUGAAGUUACUCAUGACAUCACCAUACCUCAUUAUUAUCGCAUGAGGAAAUGUAAAUGACCCUGGUAGAUAGUCAUUAUUACUUCCUAUAAUGUAAACUAGAGCAUUAUUUUAUAAUAUUUAUAAAGUAGAUGAUGUGAAUUCAUGGAAAGCAGAUGUUGUAUUGUGUGAAAUUUAAAAACUUUAAACUAGGAAUUCAGUCCUAAUUCUGUUGUACAAUGUGUUUCAUCUUUUUCAUACUUUUUUUUUUAAGGGGUGUGUGUGUGUGUGUGUACCUUCUUGACCAUGUUAAUCCUCUCUUCGGGGAUGAGGCUGGAUUAAUGAUCAUUGUUGGCUGAUCUCAAAGCAACAAUGUGGUGUACCCAGUGGAAUCCACCAAUACUAUGCAAUGCUACAGUAUGACCAACAAUCAAGUAAACCUAUCCUUGAAGAUUUGAUAGUUUGAAUUUCUGCUAAAUCUGGGAUUUAAAUCUGUAAUCAUCUGGCACAGCAAACUGGUGCUCUUUUAAUGUACGUUUGUUCAACUCAGAAAAUACAUUAGACAUUUAACACAAGUUCCAUUAUUCCAGCUAUUUGGACUUCUAUCUUCCAUACUGAAUAUCAAAAUUUAAUGCUCAGAAGAUAUUCAUACUAACUUAAAUGAAUAAAAUUUCUGUAUACCCUCA